AUGUACGCCGUCUAUAUAGGUCUAGGUAGAAUUUAAAACCUUGUCCAUUCUGCCAUGUCUAUUUCUACGGUUUGGAGCAGAGUGCAGAAGUGAUAAAAUGGCUCCUGGCGGAGUGUUUUAGUUCCACAGGAAACAUUGUAGAACCACAUAGGGACACACUGAUGCUCUCUAGCCACUAACUUUGUGUCCGUUUCUAUAAUUCAUGGCAGGGAACCAGACCUCUACACACUUUAGAUGGAAGAUCCGCAGAUGGAGGGAGAGUAACUUGGGUUGUUGGGGGAAAAUAGCCUAAAAUAUACUCACUUUAGCCUUUGCUCUCUGCAACUGUGGAACUCCUGCCAAACAAGGGAGGCCUUUUAGCCAAUGUAUAAUGAAAAACAACUAUAUUGUGAAAAUAUGCUGUAAAGAAAGACAAAAUUGAGGCAGAUUUUUCUCAAAUGUUGUUAAUGUUUCCUGUCCCCAGAAGUGCUCGUUUUGGUUCCUUAAGAGACCGAGAUCGAGACUCGUCUCAAUUUUAUGACUGAAGUGCUCUCUUGUCGUUGAGUAUUUCUAUGUCCUCCAUCCAGUCUUGGGGAAAAGGGAGUAUUAGCCUAGUUAUUCCUUAGAGUGUAAAAAGAGAGGCAGUGCCCAGGGAGGGAGAUUGUAGUAUCUCUUUUUGACAUUGUGCUAAAGGAGUCUAACGCAUCAUGGAAAUGCUAUUAACUUGAGUUUGGCUAGCUGAAUAUCUGGGUAGAGGUCUAAGUGGUGGGGGAGAAAGAUGAAGGGUUUCUAUCCAGCUCUCUCUCUCUCUCUCUCUCUCUCUCUCUCUCUCUCUCUCUCUCUCUCUCUCUCUCUCUCUCUCUCUCUCCCUCUCACCCCCCCCCCCCCCCCCCAUCCUCUCUGUAUAUGGCUCUCUCUCUGUCCAGCCUCUUUACCCCUGCUUGCUGGAGCAUGGUGAGUGAGUAGCCGUCCAAGCUGAACAUACUGCUGUGUGAAGUGUGACGAAGCCUGCUAGCACUAAUGGCAUGAGGUCUCCUCAGCCAUCCGAGCUUGACAAGAAUGCUAUUCUCUGAACCAAGCUUUAAUUGUUCUGAUGAUCAUAGCUGGCGGUGGUGCCACAGAAUAGCCCACAACUAGAUGGGUAUACGAAGAUGGGAGCACUCAGAAAAAGGAAAAUGGCUUUUGACAUGCUUCUUGCUUGAAGAAUAGGACAAUGCUAGACUCCAUCCUCGCGAAAACCUUUCUGCUCCAAAAAAGAUGGUUUUAGAAAUGUUUGGGUGGACGCUGGAGAGUGUGCGUGACACAUAUGAUCUGAAAGAUCCUUUUCAAAGCAUGUAGGUUAGACAUAGCGAAGAUAUUACACUGAGCAAUGCUUGCACAAUGAGUAAACACAAGGAUACAGACACACACACACACACACACACACACACACACAUACAGUGCAGGGAGAUUGCUGAUUGUGUAAUUUGCCACUGUAGGCCAUUGUUUGUUUCAAGCGUUUUAUGGACCUGAUCAAAAGAAGGGAAAAUCAAUGGAUGGAAUGGCAAGCUUUGAAGGUGUAACCAUGCAAUAGGAUGUAAGACUUCAUGCAGGAGGCUAUGGCCAUCAUACAACAGACUAUGUGUCAUCAUGAGACUGGCUGUCAUUCACAGCCAGGUAUUAGGCUAUAAGCCCAAAUCUUAAAACAACUUUGGGAAAUGACUCGAUUCACCAUCAUUCUGUUCAGAAUGGCCAAUAGAUAAUCGUUCUGUUUUUGAAUUUGUCGCUCAGUUUGAGUUCUUUGGGGCCAUUUGCAGUUCAAUCAGAAUGAUUGGUUCAAGGCCUUGAGUGGUUCUGCUUUCUUUGUUUUUUUUUGCAGCACAUGAUGGCAAAAGCUUUUCAGAAAAUACCAAUUCUACCUCUGAAAGGGAAAGUGCUUUUCGAUUUCCUUGAAAAGUAUUGCUACAUGCCCACGUUUCAUAUUGAUUAGAGGCUUCAUAGUUCAACGGUUGCUUUUUUUAUUAAUGCAUGGCAAAGUACAGCCACUAUCUGUUUUAUGAUGAUGAUGAUGAUGAUGGUGAUCAUUAAACUGAUCAUUUGAAUCUUUUAUCAUCAUAGUCUUCUCCUCCUAUUUAAAUCACUCCAACAACUUUUCCUUCCUGCAAAAACAAUGAUCAUAUUUGUACUGAGACAACAGGGUUCCCACUUCAAUAGUUAAAACCCUUUUCCUUCCAUUCAAAAACAGUUUAUGAGGAACAGUCUCCCCCAUCUGCUCCCUGCUAGGCUGUGACAUCAGAUCUCUAGUGGAGUGGCAUUUUUCAUACACUCCCUCUCCUCCUCCUCUCUCCCUUUAAAUCCUCUUACUCCACACACACACACAUCAACACACACACAGACAGUGGUGGAUUUGUUUUCGCUCUGAAGAGGAGGAUUAGAAGAUAAAGGAGGGGAAGGCCUCAGCUCUGAAUCCGCCACAGCAGUUUGGUUUAGAGUUUAGACCAAAAGCCUUUUCAGCACAAUGAGACACACGCUGAAACUCAAGCAUGCCGACCGACUGCAUGGCUGGCUCUCUGAAACCCACCCCCAUGAUGGGAUAAUGGGGGUGAUAUUGUCCCACUGAUGGCUUAAUGUAGUCAACCCAUUAAGUCUAUAAGGAGGAUAUUUUUGAGGGAUAUUUAAGUAUUAGAAAACAUGUUUUCUGAUCUUGUUUUCAUUGUUCCACAUAUUGCUGUAUGUGUAAAGUCUAUCUUCAUCAGACAUCAAUGUAGUGUAGCGUGUCGAUGUGAGGCUGGAGGCUAGAGUGUGAAUGAAUACACUGUGACACAUCAAUCUGUGGGUGUUUGUCGCACACAAUGUUCCAUUGUGCCCUAGCAUGGCAUUGUCAUUGAACUAUCACGACAGUGUUCUUUCUACCUCAAGGCUUGAAAGUCAUCUGGAGAGUGAUAGUCUGGAGGCCAAUCUUUUGUAUGUGAAAAAAUCUAAAGGUGGUGACUAUUGUUCUGUAUGAUCUGGCCUUGUGAAGGGUUGAGAGUGGCAAUGAUACAUUUUGAUUCUAGGCACACUUUAUGCUAAGUUAAUCCAAGUGAGGAUGCCAAUUUUGGUUCUGUUAAUACAAAACCAAUUUCACGGAUCCCCAAGCAUUAGUUUGAAGCCUGUUGUGCCUUGACGUCUCGAUUACAUCAUUAAUUUCAUUUACAGUGAGCCAUCUGACGGUCGUCUCGGGGUUCUCUGACUGUCUCAUGCCUUCACACUCGUAACACAAUUUAAUGGCAGGAUUUCACUACAGCAGCUAUGUAAUGGCCAUAGUAGCCAAUUAUGUUAAGCUAUGUAGAUAUCCAGCUCGAAGGACCAUGAAAAACAAUGUCCCACAGUCCAGUAGUGGGUAGGCUCGGAGAAAGGUGCUGCUUACAGCAACAUCACAAUUUAAUAAGUAGGGAUAUUGUCCAUACGAUUAUCCUUAUACCUCAUUUUACUCUGCUUCAGCCACAAGAACAAAUCAUCGGGCUGGCCUCCCCCCUCUGGAUCCUGGGGCACCCUGCCGGGACCCCCCUAUGGCUGGGACAUGGGCUCUUCCAGGGACGGCCGAGACUACUUCAGCAAGUAAGUACCAUCCUUCCCCAGUGUCCAGGCCCAAACCACACAUCCCCCCUAACAGUUGCAAAUCAUUCCGCUUCUAGGCCUAAUUCAAAUCUACCUCACUCAGCUAUUAACAUUCAAAUCACUUGUUUUAGCAUUAUAACACGUGACACACUGUCGCUCAGGGAGUGUGCCUUAGAAUAUAAGUAGUGAGUGUGAUCACAUACAUUGUUUGAUUAAUAGUCCUGUAAGCUAUAAAAAACAAAUAUGUAUAAACCCCUAGUAAUUUAUUGGGUAAGAAACCACCAACGUUUCGGCAUCACUGUACCUUCUUCAGGGUCCUGCCAUAAACUUUAAAUGAUCCUCUGAUCAAAUUUCCCACACAUGCUUCAUAGGGUGUGACAAAGUGUGAUUACUCAAAACGUUAGUUAUGACAGGUGCUAGUGAAAGCGUACGCUGUAAUGGAGAUUCCUAAGGAAUAUGAGGACUAGUGUAGAGUUUGUAAAGGUCAGUCAUUCCUAUUUUGUCUGGAUAUUCCGGACACGUCAAGUUCUCCCAUGUCCUGUAGCAACAGUAUGCCAAUGGAAUAGUGAUCACCCCCCCCCCCCCCCCCCCCCACCCCCGUCGCUUCAUUCCCGUCUGACGUAGACUGCCUCAGUGUCUGGAAUUCUUUCGGAAUACUGAUUCCCUUUGCUACAUCUGUGGAUACAUAAAACACACCUUUUCCCCCCUGAGUGACGCAGGACUUCUGAACAAGGAAAGGGUGAUGUCUCCUGUCUCUAGACGUGUCACUAGCAUGAAGGCUUCUUUGAUCCCAGUGAGAAUGGGAUGACGUUUCCAGAGAUGACACCGUAGUGCAGAUAAGGGAGUGUCACAAUUGGAUUUCUAGGCGUGAUAAAUAAAUGGAUGAGGACAGGUAAACAGAAGAGAUUGUUCUCCUAACCUAACCUAGCAUAACCUACUGUUACAGGUUUAGUGAAUGUUGUUGUUUUCCUUCAUGGCAAAGGGGAAUGUGUGAGUGUGCUUGCCUGCCUACGUGUGUGUGUGGGCGUGUAUGUGCAUCUCCAUCUUUAAGCGAGCCGUACCAUCUGAGGUGUAGGACGGGUAUUAGGAGGAUAAUAUAUGGCUGGUCUCAGAGCAAUAUAUCUGCCUUUGUGGCGAUAUAUUUCUCUGAUUGGCCUGAGUAUAAUAGAGGGGUCUCCCUAUUGGGCAUAAAGGACUGAGUGGAUUUCAAAUAUAUCACCCUCUCUGUGCACUUGGGAUAAUGAUAAUACACUGAACCCUCUGAAUCCUGAAUCCCAGACAGUCCACACUAUUGAUAUUAUCCUUUGAUAUCCAGGGAAUAUUAGACAUUCCAGUGUAUACUGUGCCUUUGGUGUAUCCAUGUAUGGAUUACCUGGUCCCGGUCUGUGUGGAUCCGCUGCAACAUCAGCAUCGGACCUUCCAGGGCACAGACGCCAGUGAACUCUGAACUCUGACCCUUUGCCCAGCUCUUGGAGAUUAAACCAUGAUCAAUAUACCUGCGUGUAGAUCACCUAGGGUACGGGACUGAAGACAAAUCAUCAUGAAAGCUACAGUAAAGUAGUGAAGCUGUAUUGAAACUAGCCCUGAGAAAAUGGACCUGAACAGAGAAUGGAGAUGCCUAAAGAGUGAAUGGAUUAUAUAACCCAGAGAUACUUCAUAUUAUCACAGAAUCACUAGACAUUAGUUGAAAAGGGGAGUGGACAGAACCAAUAGGAAUAGGUAAAGAGAGGGCAAAAAACGAUUACCAUGGAGGAUGUAGACUGUGGGUAUGGUGCAGUGGGUACAUCAGAAGCACAAAUGUAGGAUGCCACACCCAAUCACAUCACUGAUGCCAGACGGUGAACCUUAACCUUUGACCCAUUGGAGAUAAUAAUGGUCAGGUGUGUGUGUGUCACAGGAGGUUGGUGGCACCUUCAUUGGGAGGAUGGGCUUGUGGUAAUGGCUGGAGCGGAAUUAGUAGACUGGUAUCAAAUACAUAGUUUGAUACCAUUCCAUUUGCUCCGUUCUAGCCAUUCUUAUGAGCUGUCCUCCCCUCAGCAGCCUCCACUGGUGUGUGUGUGUGUGUGUGUGUGUGUGUGUGUGUGUGUGUGUGUGUGUGUGUGUGUGUGUGUGUGUGUGUGUGUGUGUGUGUGUGUGUGUGUGUGUGUGUGUGUGUGUGGUGUGUGUGUGUGUGUGUGUGUGUGUGUGUGUGUGUGUGUGUGUGUGUGUGUGUGUGUGUGUGUGUGUGUGUGUGUGUGUGAGUGCAAAUAUGUCAGAUGGUUUAGGAGUGUUAUGUAGCACAAUUAAAAUUAAGUGAGAAGUGUCUAUUUUUAGAAUGUUGACCCCACCCAGAUAUAGGGUGCCAGACUGCUGAUUGUUUCUGUAAAUCAGGUCAUCACUGUAAAUAAGAAUGUGUUUUUAAUUGGCUUACCUGUAUAAAUAAAGGUAAUAACAGAAUUCCACACUGAUCCCACUACCCUGUCACCGGUUCCUCUCAAUUGUUAGUCUGAAAUGACUGAACACUCAGGCCCCCUGGCAUCCAAAAUGUCAAUUGAAAAAUAAGUAGAAGCCAAUUUUAUUAGGCAGGGAACAAAAGAGUUUGGCUUGAGGCCCACCCAAAAGUAUGGAAAACACUGUUCUAGUCAGGAGAGUCCUAUGUCCUUGGUCUCCUGUUGGAUCAGUUUGCACUGAGAGGCUGCUCUAUUGAGUCUGUCUCUGAUGAUGCAUUGUCUGUUCCUGUUUCCCCUCAGCCAUGUGUCCCAGAGCAGCUCCCUGGAGGAGGUGCACCGUCUGGAUGGGGUGCAGCUGGUGCCCCCUGCCCCCCGGCUGUUGGAGAUGAGACGGGACCCCGUCCUGGGGUUCGGCUUCGUGGCCGGGAGCGAGAAACCGGUGGUGGUUCGCUCCGUCACUCCUGGUAUGCAUCUAAGUCCCACCAACUGCCUACAUCUUACAUGAGCCCUCCUGGUAUAUCCCUCCGCCUACAUCUCCCAUGAUGAUCACUGACCAAACUCUCCUGAAGAUCUCUAAUUUAAAGCCAUAUCAAUAUACAUGACACUCUCAUAUCAGAACAGGGCCGUAGCUGUUUCAUGGGAACAUAUAAAGAUAUAUACAGAACCAGUCAAAAGUUUGGACACACCUACACAUUCAAGGGUUUUUCUUUAUUUUUACUAUUUUCUACAUUGUAGAAUAAUAGUGAAGACAUCAAAACUAUGAAAUAACACAUAUGGAAUCAUGUAGUAACCAAAAAAGUGUUAAACAGAUUUAGAUUUUAGAUUCUUCAAAGUAGCCACCCUUUGCCUUGAUCACAGCUUUGCACACUCUUGGCAUUCUCUCAACCAGCUUCACCUGGAAUGCUUUUCCAACAGUCUUGAAGGAGUUCCCAUAUAUGCUGAGCACUUGUUGGCUGCUUUUCCUUCACUCUGCGGUCCGACUCAUCCCAAAUCAUCUCAAUUGGAUUGAGGUCGGGGGAUUGUGGAGGCCAGGUCAUCUGAUGCAGCACUCCAUCACUCUCCUUCUUGGUAAAAUAGCCCUUACACAGCCUGGAGGUGUGUUGGGUCAUUGUCCUGUUGAAAAACAAAUGAUAGUCCCACUAAGCCCAAAACAGAUUGGGAUGGCGUAUCGCUGCAGAAUGCUGUGGUAGCCAUGCUGGUUAAGUAUGCCUUGAAUUCUAAAUACAUCACAGACAGUGUCACCAGAAAAGCACCCCCACACCAUAACACCUUCUCCUCCAUGCUUUACGGUGGGAACUACACAUGAGGAGAUCAUCCGUUCACCCACACCGCGUCUCACAAAGACACGGCAGUUGGAACCAAAAAUCUCAAAUUUGGACUACAGACCAAAGGACAAAUUUCCACCGGUCUAAUGUCAAUUUCUCGUGUUUCUUGGCCCAAGCAGGUCUCUUCUUAUUAGUGUCCUUUAGUAGUGGUUUCUUUGCAGCAAUUCGACCAUGAAGGCCUGAUUCACACAGUCCCCUCUGAACAGUUAAUGUUUAAAUGUGUCUGUGACUUGAACUCUGUGAAGCAUUUAUUGGGGCUGCAAUUUCUGAGGCUGGUAACUCUAAUGAACUUAUCCUCUGCAGCAGAGGUAACUCUGGGUCUUCCAUUCCUGUGGAGGUCUUCAUGAGAGCCAGUUUCAUCAUAGCGCUUGAUGGUUUUUGCGACUGCACUUGAAACUUUAAAAGUUCUUGAAAUGUUCCAUAUUGACUGACUUUCAUGUCUUCAUGUCUCGUUUCUCUUUGAUUAUUUGAGCUGUUCUUGCCAUAAUAUGGACUUGGUCUUUUACCAAAUAGGGCUAUCUUCUGUAUACCCCCCUACUUUGUCACAACACAACUGAUUGGCUCAAACGCAUUAAGAAAUUCUACAAAUUAACUUGUAAGAGGGCACACCUGUUAAUUGAAAUGCAUUCCAGGUGACUUCCUCAUAAAGCUGGUUGAGAUAAUGCCAAGAGUGUGCAAAGCUGUCAUCAAGGCAAAGGGUGGCUAUUUGAAGAAUCUCAUAUCUCAAAUAUAUUUUGAUUUGUUUAACACUUUUUCGGUUACUACAUGAUUCCAUAUGUGUUAUUUCAUAGUUUUGAUGUCUUCACUAUUAUUCUACAAUGUAGAAAAUUGAAAAACCCUUGAAUGAGUAGGUGUGUCCAAACUUUUGACUGGUAGUGUAUGUUCCUACAUGUAGUUUAGAAAUCUACUUAAUAUCAUAUUGGUACAAAGUGUUCAAAGACAUUUCAGUCAAUGCAAAUUACAUUGUAGUGUAUGUGUCAUGGAUACCUUUACUGUUGAAGUCGGAAGUUUACAUACACCUUAGCCAAAUACAUUUAAACUCUGUUUUUCACAAUUCCUGACAUUUAAUCCUAGUAAAAAUUAGGAUCACCACUUUAUCUAAAAAAUGUGAAAUGUCAGAAUAAUAGUAUAGAGAAUUAUUUAUUUCAGCUUUUAUUUCUUUCAUCACAUUCCCAGUGUGUUAGAAGUUUACAUACACUCAAUUAGUAUUUGGUAACAUUGCCUUUAAAUUGUUUAACUUGGGUCAAACAUUUUGGGUAGCCUUCCACAAGCUUCCCACAAUAAAUUGGGUGAAUUUUGGCCCAUUCCUCCUGACAGAGCUGGUGUAACUGAGUCAGGUUUGUAGGCCUCCUUGCUCGCACACGCUUUUUCAGUUCUGCCCACAAAUGUUCUAUAGGAUUGAGGUCAGGGCUUUGUGAUGGCCACUCCAAUACCUUGACUUUGUCCUUAAGCAAUUUUGCCACAACUUUGGAAGUAUGCUUGGGGUCAUUUGCGACCAAGCUUUGACUUCCUGACUGAUGUCUUGAGAUGUUGCUUCAAUAUAUCCACAUAAUUUUCCUUCCUCAUGAUGCCAUCUAUUUUGUGAAGUGCACCAGUCCCUCCUGCAGCAAAGUACCCCCACAGCAUGUGCUUCACAGUUCGUAUUUUGUUAUUCGGCUUGCAAGCAACCCCCUUUUUCCUCCAAACAUAACGAUGGUCAUAAUAGCCAAGCAGUUCUAUUUUUGUUUCAUCAGACCAGAGGACAUUUCUCCAAAAAGUACGAUCUUUGUCCACAUCUGCAGUUGCAAACUGUAGUCUGGCUUUUUUCUGGCGGUUUUGGAACAGUGGAUUCUUCCUUGCUGAGCGGCCUUUCAUAUUAUGUCGAUAUAGGACUCGUUUUACUGUGGAUAUAGAUCAUUUUGUACCUGUUUUCGCACUUUUCGCACCAAAGUACGUUCAUCUCUAGGAGACAGAACGCGUCUCCUUCCUGAGUGGUAUGACGGCUGCGUGGUCCCAUGGUGUUUAUACUUGCGUACUAUUGUUUGUACAGAUGAACGUGGUACCUUCAGGCAUUUGGACAUUUUUCCCAAUGAUGAACCAGACUUGUGGAGGUCUACAAUUAUUUUUCUGAGGUCUUGGCUGAUUUCUUUUGAUUUUCCCAUGAUGUCAAGCAAAGAGGCAGUAAGUUUGAAGGUAGGCCUUGAAAUACAUCAGAAGCUUCUAAAGCCAUGACAUUCUUUUCUGGAAUUUUCCAAGCUGUUUAAAGGCACAGUCAACUUAGUGUAUGUAAACUUCUUACCCACUAGAAUUGUGAUACAGUGAAUUAUAAGUGAAAUAAUCUGUCUGUAAACAGUUGUUGGAAAAAUUACUUGUGUCAUGCACAAAGUAGAUGUACUAACCAACUUGCCAAAACUAUAGUUUGUUAACAAGAAAUUUGUGGAAUGGUUGAAAAAAACGAGUUUUAAUGACUACAACAUAAGUGUAUGUAAACUUCCGACUUCAAAUGUAUAUCCUUGGGUUAAUUCUGGCUUUCCCAUCGACCUUUGAAGUGUCAGUAACACUUCAGUGUCUAUAUUUUGGUUAAUAAGAGCAGUUCAUGCAUUGUCACAUGUUUGUAGUAUGACAUUGAUGCCGUGGGGUUUUUCACGCGCAGCACUUUGUUAGCAGGGACACUUGUCACAUCUCUAUCAGCCUAGGGGGUGUUUCAAUAAUCAGUGUUUGAUCAACAAUACAAUAUAAUAACCACUAUUGUCAUGAUCCAGUAUUAUUAAUGAAUAUAAUAGGAAUAUGAGGGUCGUGUUAAUUCUAAUGAGACUUUUGGCCCUGGUGUGAUGUCAUCUAUCUGCCUGACUAAAUAAAUGCAUGAGGCAGCCACUGCCAUGGACUGUAUCUCGCCUAAAGCACCCUCUAAGCAAUUAUGGAUUCUUGACAUAACAAUUAUCUCUUGAUCUUAAUCUCCACUACGCUGUACAGUGGGGAAAAAAAGUAUUUAGUCAGCCACCAAUUGUGCAUGUUCUCCCACUUAAAAAGAUGAGAGAGGCCUGUAAUUUUCAUCAUAGGUACACGUCAACUAUGACAGACAAAAUGAUACAAAAUACUUAUUUUCCACCAUAAUUUGCAAAUAAAUUCAUUAAAAAUCCUACAAUGUGAUUUUCUGGAUUUUUUUUUCCUCAUUUUGUCUGUCAUAGUUGACGUGUACCUAUGAUGAAAAUUACAGGCCUCUCUCAUCUUUUUAAGUGGGAGAACUUGCACAAUUGGUGGCUGACUAAAUACUUUUUUUCCCCACUGUAUGUGAGCUCAGUGAAACACAGUGCUAUAUUGGUAGCUUUUCUCUGAUCAUUAGUGUGACAGUUACUAGGCUGUCUUCAAUGGCACAAUGCAAUUGGACAUGCAGUGACACCAAUCAAAUUACUUUUGUUCUCAUAUGACAAUUUUACUGAGGUAUAGUGAUUGUUAGUCGUGAGUAACACUAAUCACUGAUUGAUUACAUGAUGGACGUUGGACAAUCGGUCAUUUAGGUAUUCCAUGCUGUUUUCAUUUUAACCCAAUAAUCUACUGAAAGACCAUGACAUAUUAAACAUUAUAAGUCAACGUUAUGAGUGUUGCUCAUCCAGUGCUUAGUGUAACUACAGACUGAGACUACAAAACAGUUGUCAUUAUAUGACUAAGUGAGGCAGAGGGUUCCUCUCUCAGCUUCUCUCUAUUCUAUUCAGAUGUGUGGAGAGUUUCUGAGGCCCCCUACACUCUCCCCACAUCUCCUCUCCUCAGCCAGUGUCAUCCAUCAAUCCAUUCAUUCAAAACUCCACUAUCGCGGGAAACAGACUUUCCUGUUGGAAAAUAAUUAGCGCUUUCAGAAUCGGUGCAGGUGUUGGGAACAAAGGCCCAUCUUCAUUUGUCUUGUGUUUUCCACAACACAAGCAGAGAUAUUCAAUUGCCAGCGCCGGCUGAGAAGCUCGUAAUCUCCACAGGAGAGAGUGGGACGCAGACAGUGUGUUUUUGAGAAAAAUGUCAUGAGUUAAUUUUCUUUGGUGUUAGUGGGCAGUGCUGAUGUUUGAAACCAGAUUUGAACCCAAGAUAAUGUGAACAUGGAGCAUUGUUAACGACAAAUGUAUGUUCAAAUUCCUGACAAUCAGUGUGUGUGUAUGCAUGUGUGUGUGUGUGUGUGUGUGUGCGUGUGCCUGUGCAUUCAUGUGCCUGUGUGUGUGUGUGUGUGUGUGUGUGUGUGUGCGUGCGUGUGUGUGCGUGCGUGCGUGCGUGAGUGUGCGUGUGUGUGUGUGUGUGUGUGUGUGUGUGUGUGUGUGUGUGUGUAUGCGUGUGUGUGUGUUUGCAGGAGGUCCGUCGGAGGGAAAGCUGAUCCCAGGAGAUGAGAUCAUCAUGAUCAACGACGAGGCAGUCAGCUCAGCGCCCAGGGAACGAGUCAUUGACCUCGUCAGGUAACCCUGUCUGUCUGACUGUCUGUCUGACUUAAUGUCUGUUUAUCUAGGGUAUUCAGCAUAGGUAACUAUGUCCAGUUGUGCCAAUAGCUGUUAUCUCCCAUGGUCCUUCAGGCGCCAGACUUUUCAGGCACUUUUUGCUUUGAGGAAAUAAUUUCAUGACCAAUUAUUUCUGUCAGCUUAACAAAGUAGAGGUGUUACAAACGAUUUGGUGAUUUGAUGGCUGUAAUUUCCAAGACACAUCCAAACCAUGCCCUUAGGGGAGCACAUCUUGUGUCCUGUCCUUCAUGUUGUAGUUUUUAUUUUGUGAUUAUGCGCUCAGAAAUGUGUCUAGUGUAGUGUAAACACGGCUGACAUGUUGUAUUACUGAGGGAUGACCAGACUUUAUCAAAGGGACAUAAUGUUGUGGAGCUAGCGUCUGCCUUUGGUCGUUUUUCUAUUCAACUCUGAAAAGUGAACAUUGCAUUUUCGUGACUGCAUUACUUGAUUGGGCAGCUCUCACAUUUUCCUAUCCAAUUAUUACUGCAUAAAACUCAGCCAAAAGCUUGGGUAAUUAUAUUUUCUAACAUGGCAGACAUAUGACAUUUAAUUAGAAAUUGAUAAAUGUCAGAGUCUGAAGUGAGGCUGUGUUCUUGUCUGUUUGUUUGUGGAGACGUGAAAAUGUUUAAUAACAUUUCAUCCCCCCAGAUACCAGAAUAUGGUUUGUGUGUGUAUGUGUGUAUGUGUGUGUGUGUGUGUGUGUGCACGUGCGUGUGUGUGUGCAGCAUGUGCGUGUGUGCAUGUCCAUGCGUAUGUGUGCCUCCGUGUGUGUGUGUGUGUGUGUGUGUGUGUGCAUGUCCAUGCGUAUGUGCGCCUCCGUGUGUGUGUGUGUGUGUGUGUAUGUGUGUGCACGUGCAUGUGUGUGUGCACGUGCGUGUGUGUGUGCACGUCCAUGCGUAUGUGUGCCUCCGUGUGUGUGUCUGUGUGUGUGUGUGUGUGUGUGUCCCUUAGUUCAUUACAUUGGAUUGGAAAUCAUUGAUUUUCUGUUUACGUUGCCAUUAAAUCGAAGUCAUUCACUGUAACUAUCAGUCAAUUAAAUGUGCUUUUCUACCUCCAGAAACUGUAAGGAGUCCAUUAUGUUGACUGUUGUCCAGCCAUACCCUGUGAGUAUGUUUAUUUUUUAGAACUGUUCAUGUUCUUUAUAAUAACAGGAUGUAACAUUUCUGCACACCUGACACAAGGAUUGGUUUCAUCCUGACCGCCAUGCUAAAUCUCUCUGUUCUCAGUCGCCCAAAUCAGCGUUCAUCAGUGCAGCCAAAAAAGCCAAGCUCAAGUCCAAUCCGGUCAAAGUGCGCUUCGCAGAAGAGGUCAUCAUUAACGGUCAGGUUCCGGUAAGUUCUCCUCCUGUCACAUGGUUGACAGUUGAAUUGAUCCAUUUGACCUUUGACCUCCAAUUGAACUGACAAAACUGAUUAGUGUAGAUUUAGUUCAUAUGAAUGAUAUCUACUUUGGGGGUUUUGUAUAAGUAAGGCUCUGUUCUAAUAUCCACACCAGAAUAUCACUUCAAAUGAAGCAACGUAUUGGGGAUGCAUUCUAAAUAGUAUGGAUACUGGAACACAGCCUAUAGUAUGUGUUGGUAUACAGUUGUUUAUCUGGCUACAUCCAGACAGGUCAACAACGCUAGCAAGCAAUGUAGGGUCAUUCCUUUGUACUGGAGGUCUUUUAUGUCCUGUUUCCACCUAGAAGGCAGUGAAGGACAACUCUGUCCUCUUCAUGUAGGCUAAUGUAUGUCUUGUAUGUCAUUCUUCUGUGUCUCGUUUCCACCCAGAACACAGUGAAGGACAACUCUCUCCUCUUCAUGCAGAACGUUCUGAAGGUGUACCUGGAGAACGGGCAGACCAAGUCGUUCCGGUUCGACUGCAGCACAUCCAUCAAGGUGUGUGUGACACUUUGGGGAGGGAGGGGGGUGGGGGGUAGGGUGUCCCUGUUUCCAUAAUCACUGUAGCGAAAUGAGAGGAAAUUAAUGGAAUAUGGCAUGGGGACUCAACCUUGACUUGAAAUGCAAAUUGCAUUCUAACCACCUUAGCUACACGGGGGCAGAAAAUGAGAACCAAAAUAAAAGAUAGUCUUGUUAUUUUUUUAAUCAUUUGGUAUUAGGACAUUGAAAUUGACCUUUGGUUAUGAUGUGAUAGGAUGUUAUCAUGACCCUACAAGAGAAGCUGUCCAUCAAGUGCAUCGAGCACUUCUCCCUGAUGCUGGAGCAGCGGACGGAGGGAUCGGGCAGCAAGCUGCUACUCUUGCAUGAGCAGGAGAUGCUAACUCAGGUAGGAAUUACUGUAGGCAUGCUAACGCUAAGUCAUUGAUUUGACCUUUACUUAUUCAGGAAGUCCCAUUGAGGUCAAGAGACCUCUUAUGGUAGAUAUACCUAGCCAAUUCAUGACAGAGAUCAAUCAAUGAAUCAAUCAACCAAUCAAUUUAUAUAGCCCUUUUUACUAGUGCUUUGCAGUUUACACUUAUGCAUUUCAUCUAACAAGAAGCAAAUGGAGCUUCUUCUUUCUGACAUAAUUCCUACUAAUUUGAAAAAGAGCGGAAGAAAGAGAAUCCUAAAUGUAACUGAACUAGACACCCUCUAUCCCAUAUCAGGAGGAUAGGUAUCAGUAUAGCUGCAGGUCCAGGUUAUUAACAUCCCAGAGAGAAUGGAGAGAAUGGCAGUCAUUAAUCUGUUGCUAGCCCAGAGUCACACUAGUGAUCCCGUUCUGCUUCCUAAACGCACUCCCACCUCGGCCUCUUCAGUAGCCUAUAGAUAAGAGGGAAUUCUAUUCCAGCACUACACCACAAUCACACUCCAAGCUGAGACAGACAAAGUAUGCAUCCGAAAUGGCACCCUAUUCCCUUUAUAGGUCACUACUUUUGACCAGUGUCCCAUAGGGUGCUGGUCAAAAGUAGUGCACUAGGGAAUAGGGUGCCAUUUGGGACGUACACAAACACUUCCUGCUCAGUAUUCACAGAGCGACUCAAGAGCACAGCAUGAUUUAUCAAGUCCGGCACAGCAGGGCGCCUCUGCUUUCAAUGGUUUAAUGAAAGUGUACUGCGAUCAUAGUGAGGAUACUUUUAAUAUGCAUCACCAUCAUCCUGCAUAGACAGCCCUGUGAUGGUAAGCAAUAAUGGAAAUAACCGAUGAAUAACAAAUUACAUUUUCAAGGACGAAAAGAGAUAUGUAAUAUGUUUUGUUAUGAUUCUUGUAAGGGGCUGAAAUCUGUAAGCUCAAGACGUUAUCUAGAACUUAAACGGGUUCUUCGGCUGUCCCCAUAGGAGAACCCUUUGAAGAACCCUUUUUGGUUCCAUGUAGAACCCUUUCCACAGAGGGUUCUACCUGGAGCCAAAAGGGUUCUACCUGGAGCCAAAAAGGAUUGUACUUGGAACCAAAAAGUGUUUUCCUAUGGGGACAGCCGAAGCACCCUUUUGGAAGCCUUUUUUCUAAGAGUGUACCUGUGAAGGAAUUAGGGAACGAGGACAAACUACUGACCAGUGUAGUAGCACUUACAGUAUAUCUCCCUCUGCGUGUCUUAAUGAAUUCCUGUCCCUUGACAGAGGCCAAGAACCUGUCCAAUGGAUCCAAAUUAGUCUGACUGCAACAAUGACUCACCCUGUCCUUAGCACUGACCUUAUCAUCCCAUUAUGUACUUAGGAAUGCAUUUACCUGAGCAUUUUAUGAAGUUUGACAUCAUACCUAGCACCUUGAGGGACCUUGCAUUUGAUGUUUCCAUUUUGAUGUGUCUGUAUCUCUUUCACAUCAGUAUACAUUUACAAUGCAGUAAAACGUUUCAAUAUUUUCUCUAUCACACUUUCUCAACCCCCCCCCCCUCCUUUUCUCACAUUCUCUCAUCCUCUUGUUCGUUUCAGGUGACACAAAGGCCGGGGUCUGAUAAGAUGAAAUGUUUCUUCAGAAUCAGCUUCGUCCCCAAGGACCCGGUGGAUCUGCUCAGACGGGAUGCGGUGGCGUUCGAAUACCUCUACGUUCAGGUGAGAGCACCAAAGGAGACCCAAUCAUAGUGGAGCAUAACACAAGACUGCACUCCUGUAUUCUCAGGUGAGCUUGUCUAACAAGCAUUGAGACUUUAGCUUGUCAAUAAUGGCCUUUUGAUCAAUUACAUGCAUAUCAAGUUCAAGGUUCCCAUCCAAAAUUGGUUGGUUGUCCAAGGUUUUAGGCUCAGUCAGAUCUUCAUAAUAUUUGCUGUGCUCUUGGGAUUGACUAAUCAAAGCAAUAUUGCUUCUAUGUUACUGACAACAAUGCCAGAUUCUAGCUUGGCCUUCCUCUACUUGUAAAUAGAACAAAAUGCAUCUAUUUUGAAUGGCUUGCACACUAGUUCUAACUGUCCCUCCUGGUCUAGAGCUGUAACGAUGUGGUUCUGGAGCGCUUCGGCUCGGAGCUGAAGUAUGACGCCGCGCUCCGAUUGGCCGCUCUGCAGAUGUACGUCCUCACUAUGACGACCAGGCAGAUGCAGAAGGUCUCGCUCAAAUACAUCCAGUAAGUUCAGCUCCUUCACAUUCACCUUACUGUUGUUGUUGUUGUUGUUUUGCACUGACAAAUGGGCGAUGGACCUGCUCAAAAGGACUCUUUGUACUGGUGCAUAAUAAGCAUGGUUAAAAAGGUGAACACUAAUUAGCAUUAUUUCCAUGACCUUGAAUAUCAAAUGCCUUCUUAAUUUCCAGGAAGGAGUGGGGUCUGGCCCUUUUCAUCCCACCAGCAGUGAUGACCAGCAUGAAGGAGAAGAACAUUAAGAAAGCACUGACGCACAUCCUCAAAACCAAUCAGAACCUAGUGCCUCCAGGAAAAAAGGUACAGUACGGAUUCCAUCGUCAAAGCUCUCUCUCUCUCUCUCUCCGUAGAUUGUCUGCUUGGCAAAGCUGCCCUCUAGAGGAGUGUAGCUGUCUCUGUUUGCUUUCUUUUUUUUUGCUUCAUCAUCGACGAUAAUGUCAGUUGUGUAUUAUCCAAAUCAUAAUUGAGACAGAGAAAUACAGUCAAACCUAUAAACAGUUAGUGAAUUUUUGUUAACCCCAAGAUAUUUUCCUCUGUCUUUUUUUCCUGUAGUUGACUGCGUUGCAGGCAAAGGUGCACUACUUGAAGUAUCUCAGUGACCUGAGGUUGUAUGGAGGGAGAGUGUUCAAAUCCAUUCUUUUGGUAAGGCCACUAGUUGUAGCUUUCCCUAUUUCAGUUAUUGGUCAAAUAGAAAACCAAUCCGUAUCCCAAUAGAUAUCGUUCCUAAUCCAUAUCCUGCCUUCUCUCUUUUACACACUCUCACACACACACACACACACACACGCACGCACGCACACACACACACACAUGCACACACACACCCUCACCCCCAACACCCACCCUCACAGCAGGGGGAGAAGCAGACAGAGGUGACCUUGCUAGUGGGGCCCAGGUACGGCAUCAGUCACGUGAUCAACGCCAAGACCAACCUGAUGGCCCUGCUGGCAGACUUCAGCCAUGUGAACCGCAUCGAGAUCCUCACAGAGGAUGAUAUCAAUGUCCGCGUGGAGCUCCAUGUCAUGGAUGUCAGGGUAAGGAGUGGGGCCUGGGGUGUGGAGUUGACACAGUUAAGAGAGUGGCUUGAGGCUUGGGCGGCAGGUAGCUUAGCGGUUAAUAGCGCUGGGCCAGUAACUGAAAGGUUGCUGGUUCGAAUCCCUGAGCCGGCAAGGUGGAAAAAUCUGCUGUUCUGCCCUUGAGCAAGGUAGUUAACCCCCAACAACUGGGCACCGAUGACGUCGAUUAAGGCAGUCCCCCGCACCUCUCUGAUUCAGAGGGGUUGGGUUAAAUGUGGAAGAAACAUUUUGGUUGAAUGUAUUCAGUUGCGCAACUGACUAGGUAUCCCCUUUCACAAAAAAUCAGCAGAUACCCAUAAGGCAUCAUGCCCUGAUCAAUAUUAGCUGGCUAAUAAGUAGAAAAACCAGUCUGUACAUAAAUACUAUUCUUGCAAGAGCACAUCCUCGUAUUCUCUAAUAUUUGUAUUUCUUUAUAUUUGAUCUGUAGCCCAUCACGUUGAUAAUGGAGUCUAGUGAUGCCAUGAACCUGGCGUGUCUGACAGCAGGGUACUAUCGACUCCUAGUGGAUUCUAGGAGAUCUAUCUUCAACAUGGCCCACUGCAACAGCAUCGCUGAAGAAAUGGGUCGGUCAACCUAGUACUAUGUGGUGUGUGUGUGCGUGUGCGUGUGUGCUCUUCUGUAUACAUGUCUAUUAUAUCCACUAUUUUGUCAAAUUGUUGAAGUGAGUUCUUCUAUUAAACAACAGAUCAGGACAAUCUUCUGGAGUGGCCGUACAGCACUUCGUUAGGCAACUGUGAGGACCCCAAUGCUGCCGUCCAGGACGAGCGUUACAGCAGUGACAUGGACUUCUCUAACAAUGGAGGGAGAGAGAACAACAUCUCUCCCUACAUCCCCGAGCCCCAACACCAUACCCUAACCCUGCAGCAGAACGAGAGGCCGUCGGAGAGGCAGAGGAGUCUCCAGCCCCCACCUCUCCCCCCCGCCAGAAACAAACCCCAAGACUCCCCCCGGAGCGCCAAGGUCUCCUUCAUCUUCGGAGACCCUCCUUUGAACACUGUGAACCCCCAGAACUUAGGUUACGAGCGCCUGAUGGAUGAGAGUCCCGAGGUGCCAGAGCACAGGCCCACAGCCUACUUGCACAACAACGUCAACAACACGGGGGACUUUACGACCCAAGUGCCCGUGCCCUUCCAGUUUACCGAUGGCAGGCCGCACGUAGUCUACAGCAACAUCGGCGAGGAGCUGGUGGAUGAACCGCUGCUAAGGGACCUUUGUUAUGCAGACACCACGGACGACGCCGAGGAUGAGGACGACGCCAGCUGUGAGGAAGACUCUACCGGGAUGGGAGGGGGGGAGGAUGGCGGCGUAAGUGUAGGGGGCGGGGCUACAUCAGUGAGCAAAGCCACGUUCCUCACCCUCUCGGGCUCCAGUGAUGACAUCAUCGACCUGACCUCACUUCCUCCCCCCGAGGGGGGCGUUGACGAGGAUGAUGAUACCGACGGCGUCCUCCAUUCAUUAAAUCUCGCCAUUGCCGCCCCGCCCCCGGGGUUCAGAGACAGUUCUGAUGAAGAGAGCCCCGAGGGUCGCCCUCUGGCCACUGCCAACAACAGUGACAUGCCCGUGUCGUUGAUCGACGCUGUCCCCACGGGGACGCAUGGCGAGGGGAGCGGCAGGGAAAGGAGGCUGGAGGAUGCCAUGGUGACCACCCUGCAGGCGCUGGAAGCCCUGUCCGUGUCUGAGGAGAGGCCACACCCACGCCCACAGCGACCACAGCCCAACAGUAACCCAGGUCUUUACUACUACCAUCAUUAUGCCUAUAUCACUUAGGCCUGUGGUUUACAGCAGUCAUGGCCUUGCUCUAGUUUUGGUUUUUCAUUGUUCACUGUUCAAUGCUGUGCUUUGUGAUCAGACCUGGACAAAAUUAGGAUGUCUUCAAACUUUGUUUAAAGUGAUAUAAUAGAAUUGUAUUACUUUUAUGUAGAUAAGGUUGAAAGAAGCUCAACUGAUUAUUUUCUUCUCUCUGGCUCACGUAGGUGUGCAUAUAUCUCGAGCUUUCAGUCCUGAGUCUUCCUCUGACUCAGGCAACGAGACCAACUCCUCAGAGAUGACUGAGACCACGGAGCAGGCUGCCGCCCACAAGCUCAUCCACGAGAACCACAGGCGCCUCCUUAUCGCCACCUCAGAGGGCUACCAGCCUCUGACGGAGGAAAAGACAGACUUCCCCGUCUCGCCCAGAGGGGCCACCCAAAACAAAGCCCACAGCCCCUCCCACUAUCGAGACGGAGGGCCGCAGUCGUCCGCCACGCUCCCUAAACAGACCCUCCAUCCAGAUGCCAUAGAGCUGGAUCCAGAAACCACUGAUUCUCUGACUAACCUCUCCUCCGGCUUCAGCAAGCGACCCAACUCCGUGGUUGUUGGAGGGAAACGUCUAAAAAAGUUGGCCGACACCAACGGGAAAUUCAACACGUUCAGUACCAGAGAUGGCCACAGGGGGAGCCAGCUGGAUGUGGAGCGUACCUCAUUCUGCGAGAGGCUGCAGAGAAGGCCGCCUCUUCCUCUACCAGAGAAUUCCAUCUCCAUCAUGGCGGAGAACCUGGCGGUGAACAGCCUGCCGAGGAGUCACCACAGCCUGCCGCGCCCCCCUCCCCCACACCCUGAACGGACAGAGCCUGAGGAGGAUCCGGGGGAGGCUGCAGGGGGGGACACUGGGGCGAUGGGUGGCCAGGAGGAAGAGUACCUGGGGGGAGCGGCAGGUCCCUUCCCCUCCUCCCCUAACAAGAAGCCCCGGGACCCCCGCGGUGUGCAGGGAGAUGCCCCAGGAGAGCAGCUGCAGCAAGUGAGGCAAGGGGUUGCCCGGCUGUGUGAGUACCACCUAGCCAAACGGAUCUCGUCCCUCCAGAGCGAGGCCCACAACUCCCUGCAGGGCUCCCAGUGCUCGUCACUGGACGCGGGCUGCAGCACGGGGAGCAGCGCCUGUGGCACCCCAACGGAUUCGCCCCUCUGCGCCCCCGACGGUAACCGCCACCCACUAUCCGAAUCUUCCUCGUCCCUCAGGGUUUUCACCUACGAGGACAAGGCUCCCCACGGAACCCCGGGCCAGAUCCCUGGGGGCAGGGACCUCCACCCCCAAGCAGACCCCGCACUCCUGCGGAAGAUGCUGCCCAACAUACACCCUCCUGGGUCAGACACCAGCAGAGAGGGUUCCCUCCGGUCUGCCAAGAUGAAAGAAACCACAGGUAGUACAGCUAGAAGGAGUAACCUUCAAAAUGAUCUGCAUGCCAAGACAGCCUGUGUAAGGGGUGCUAACCCCAAGGAGGGGAGCGAGGCCUAUAGGCAGCUCAUUAACUACCUGACAGUGAGCCAGAUGCACCAGGGAGGCAAGUUGCACAGUGCAGGCCUGGGAGGGGGAGUCAGGAAGGACACUAGGAGAUAUAUAACCAGUAAUCCCCAACUGAUAGAGAUGGUUAGGAGUAAGGGGAACACCGUUGGCCGAUAUCCCUGCAUGCCCCCCUCGUCCUCCUCACCCUUCCUCAGCCCGAGUCUAGUGAACCCCAAUGCAGCCACCUCACGGGGCGACAACGGCCCCCGACCGUAUCACUCCGCCACACUUCCCGCUAAGUUGAAGAGCAAUCCUGACUUGCAUGCUCAGAGACCCGCUGACAGUCUUGAAGUAAGGCCCAGUGGCACAGAGAGGAGGAGCUCCUUUUCGGGCCUCGAGAGUGAGUUAGAGAGGGGCGCCAUCGACCCUGAGGUCGAGCGGUUCCUGUCCCUGAGGGACAGCGUCCAUGGAGGGGGUAGGGGCAUGCUCCACAGGCCCCCCUCCAGGGCGCGGAGUGUGAUGUCCCAAAGCGGUGCCAGCAUAUGUGGCCCAGAGGAAUGGCUCAGGUCUGACUGCAGGACAAAGCAUGCCAUCCGACAGGCUCUUAACGAUUCUCUCUGUUUCUCUACUGCCCCUAGUGUAGCUCGCACAGAGCAGCUGGGGACGUCACUGGGAGCGGAAGCAGGAGACCACCCAUCAGCAUUCACUAAGCAGGCCAGAGCCUGCGCCACGCCUCCACCCCCUCCUCCUCCACCACCUCCUCCACUUCCCCUACCAGCCAACAUGAGCACCCACAACUCCACUGUGCCAAAGCAGGAGUCCACCGUCACACACAGACAAAACCACAUCCAGUCAGUCACAGCCAGCCUCCACCACCAGUGCGAGCCCAAUAUGAACAGCCUCCAGCGAGGCAGGGACUCCAAUAUGAACAGCCUCCACCUGGGCAGGGACUCCAGUACAAACAGCCUCCAUUUGGGCAGGGAGCCCAGCACCAACAGCCUGCAGCGGGACAGGGAGCCCAGCAUCAACAGCCUCCACCUGGGCAGGGAGCCCAGCAUCAACAGCCUCCACCUGGGCAGGGAGCCCAGCAUCAACAGCCUCCACCUGGGCAGGGAGCCCAGCACCAACAGCCUGCAGCGGGGCAGGGAGCUCAGACGGAGCACCAGUAAUGUAACUGCGGGCUCCGGGAGUGUGGAUGUGCUCUUCGACAAAGGCAGAACCAAGUGCCAGCAGCAGCAAGGACCAGUUGACCCCAAACUACAGAGGAGACCCACGAGGAAGAGGCUGUCGAAGAGCUACUCGCAGGGCUCGGUAGCAUCCACAUGCUGGUCGGCUGGGGGCAGAGACAGCCGGAGGGCCUCGGUGAUGUUCCCCCUGCAGAAGGAUGCCAAGCACAUGAAGGGCUCGCAGAAACUGGACUCGGGCAGCCCCUGGAGGUGCCACGGUCCCUUCAGCUACUGCUUCUUCAAGAGGAAGAGCCAGGCGGAGGAGGAUGAGGUAGAGGGGGGCGAGAGGGACGAGAGGGGCGAGAAGUCCAGGCGCUGCCGUGGCGGGGAAACGGAGGAAGCAGCGUCUAUCUACGGCCCGGCCAUGGACGCAGCAGGCGACCAGCUCUACAGCGAAGUCCUGACCAACAUGAGCUUCAGCGACCGGCUGUCGCGCAUCAACACGCUCAAAGACCGCAUGUACGUCUUCCCCGUCGGCUUCUCAGACGUGCGCCGCGACGCCAGCGAGCUCAUCGCCCUAGUGCGCUCGAGCGUCGGCAGGGGGGACCGCGGCGGCCAGGUGCCACAGAUCACGGCAGACCUGUCUCAGUACAAGCAGCUGCUGUCCAUCGAGUCUAAAGAGCUGGGGCGGGCGUGUCGCAGGAUGGCCCAGUCCCACGGCAGCCCAGAGGAGAUGCUGCUGGCCAUCACCUGCAGUUUCCAGGUGCUGUGCUGCCUGUCUGAGGCAUGCAUGUGCCUGGUGAGGGGCCUGGGGGCAUCAGCUGCCCAACAGCAGAGGGAGGUGGUGGCCAAGGUGGACGAGCUGGUCAUUAACUACAUCUGCCUGCUGCGCGCAGCUGAGGCGGCGUCCAUCGGAGUGCCCAGCGACCACAGUGUCAAUGCCCUGGUCCGCCACUCCAGCACCAUGUCAGCCAUCGCCAACGCACUCACCCGCUCCCUCAAAACGCUGCUUAGCAAGUAG